AUGGGUAUCCCUAAGUUUUUCAGAUACAUCUCACAGAGGUGGCCAGAGAUUCAACAACUAAUUGAAGGUGAUGAAAUUCCCGAAUUUGAUAAUUUAUAUCUAGAUAUGAACUCCAUUUUACACAAUUGCACUAGGUCCAAUGAUUUAAACGCAAAAUUAACUGACGAGGCAGUUUAUGCAAAAAUAUUCUCGUAUAUCGACCAUUUGUUUCAAAUUAUCAAACCAAAACAAACAUUUUAUAUGGCCAUUGAUGGUGUUGCUCCUCGUGCCAAAAUGAACCAACAACGUGCCCGUAGAUUUAGAGCCGCUGAGGAAGUUGAAGAGGCUAUAGAAUUAGCCCGAUCAAAGGGCGAGUCGGUUCCCAAUCAAGACGAUUUGUUUGACAAAAACGCUAUCACCCCAGGAACAGACUUUAUGACACAGGUUACAAAGAAUCUAAAAUAUUUCAUCCACGAUAAAAUCUCCAAUGAUUCUUCAUGGUCUCAAGUCAAUGUUAUAUUUUCUGGCCAAGAAGUCCCAGGAGAGGGUGAACAUAAAAUUAUGGAUUAUAUAAGAUCCUUAAGGGCUAGUCAUGAUUAUAACCCAAAUACACGCCAUUGUAUUUAUGGUCUAGAUGCUGAUUUGAUUAUAUUGGGUCUCUCUUCUCAUGAUCAUCAUUUUGCAUUAUUGAGAGAAGAAGUUUUGUUUACCAAGAAAGCAAAAUCAAAUGCCGAAUUACCCUUGGAAAGACAAAACUUUUAUCUAUUGCAUUUGUCUUUGUUAAGAGAGUAUCUAGAAUUGGAAUUUAACGAAAUAACAGAUGAUUUAAAAUUAGAAUAUAAUUUUGAACGUAUUUUGGACGAUAUGAUUUUUGCAUUGUUUGUUAUUGGGAAUGAUUUCCUACCAAAUUUACCAGAUUUACACCUAAACAAGGGCGCUUUCAGUUACAUCUUACAAACUUUUAAAGAAGCUUUAAAACAAAUGGAUGAUUAUAUGACUCUCAAUGGUACUAUAAAUAUGGAAAGUUUUUCCAUAUGGUUACGUUACUUGUCCGAUUUUGAACUAAUGAAUUUUGAAAAGGACGAUAUUGAUUUAGAAUGGUUUAAUAGUCAGAUUGAAAAAAUUUCUCUAAAUGCCGAAAAGAAAAGGGCUCAGAAUGGGAAAGUUGUAUUAUUAAAACAGCAGAAAAAAAUGGUUGGUGUUAUUAAAAAAUGGGCUUUGCGUGAGUUCCAGCAAAGGAAAAACUAUAUGCAGUUAAUAAAAUCAGAAGACGAUAUUCCUGCAAUUGACCUAACUGAAAAUAAAAUAUUGCCAUCAUCUAACGAAAAGGAUGAAAUUAAUGCUGAAGAAAACUUGGCUUUUGUGAAAAAACUUGGAUUUGAGUUGGGCUUAAUUUUAACACAUUCACGAUCUACUGGCCAUUACUCUUUAAAAAUAGAUGUUGAUGGUAUUAACCCACAUGAAACUGAAGAAGAAUAUUUGGAGAGAUUGAAAAGUUUAAAACAAACUUUUAAAAACUAUGAACAAGGUGUAUUGUUUGAAAAUAAAGAGGUUCUAACUGAAGUUAAAGGUAGGUACAACGAAAAAUUUGAAGAUUGGAAAGAUAAUUACUACAAGGAUAAAAUCGGUUUUAGCAGCAAGGAAGAACCAGAAAAACUAAUAGAAAUGUGUGAAAAUUACGUUGAAGGGUUACAAUGGGUUCUAUACUAUUACUAUCGGGGUUGUCCGGCCUGGGGUUGGUAUUACAAGUAUCAUUAUGCUCCUCGUAUCUCUGACGUCAAACUGGGUGUUGAUGCCAAAAUACAUUUUGAUUUGGGUAAGCCCUUAUUACCGUUCCAACAAUUAAUGGCAGUUUUGCCUAAAAGAUCCAAAAAAUUAAUACCAGCAGCUUAUAGGCCAUUAAUGAUCGAUGAGCAUUCUGUUAUUGCAGAUUUUUAUCCAGACCAUGUGGCAAUUGAUCAAAAUGGUAAAGCUGCCGCUUGGGAAGCUGUUGUUUUAAUCAAUUUCGUUGACGAGCAUAGGUUAUUGGAAGCCAUGAAGCCUUAUGAUCCUAAUUUGACUCCAGAGGAAAAGGCUAGAAAUAUUUUAUCUACCGAUUUCAUUUACUUGUAUAACCCUCAAGUUGAUGAUGUUUAUAAAACUCCUUUAUCUGGCAUGUUUACUGAUAUCGAACAUAACCAUUGUGUGGAGCAACCAUUUGUUCUAGAAAAAAUAUCCCAUAAAGAUCUGAGAUACGGGUUGCAUGAGGAUGCCGAUACAGGUAUUAAAUCCUCUGGUGGGUUCCCAUCUUUGAAGUUUGUCCCAUUUACUUCAUCUUUAGAAUACAAUGAAACCCAAGUUUUUGAAAGAGCUUCUAAAGACCAGUCUGUGUGUUUACAUAUAGAGGACAGUUUCAAAGCGGGUAAUUUAGGUAUUGAUGAAAUUUCCGCUAGCUUCUUAGACAGUGUCGUAUAUACAAGGUGGCCGUUCGUCAGAGAAUCUAAAGUUGUUUCCAUUUCCAAUGGCAAGGACAUUUAUAGGAAAGUUGCUGGUAAGAUUCGAGCUGUAGAUUUGGAUCAUAACGAAAUCAAAGAUUUCAACAAUUUGAAAAAUAGAUUAAAAAGGUACUAUUCGCAUAAUAAAGCUGUUAUUUUAGAUGAUAUUAGAAUUAUCGUCAACGUUGUUCCGGUGAAGGGAUUGCUGAGAGACGAAUCAGGUUCUUAUAUAAAACACUUUGGUGAAAGGGAAGAAUCCUACCCAUUACAGUUGGUUAUUCCAGAUGUUUUACAUAAAGAUUCAAGGUUUGUGGAAAGAAAUCCUUUACCUAUUGACCAAGAGUUUCCAAUCGGAUCAAAGGUUUUAUUUUUAGGAGAUUAUGCCUAUGGAUCUGAGGCUAUUGUUGAGGGAUUUAAUAAAAACACUAGAUUGAAGUUAAAAGUUUAUAAGAGGUCAUUUGCUGAAGAACCAACCAUUGGCCAUGACUGUGCUGAACUUGAUAAGAAAAACAUUCAUUAUCUACCCUCUUUUGUUGUAGCCAAGGAGUUGAACGUUAGUCCAUUAUUUUUGUCCAAGAUUGCAUCUGAAUUUCGAGUGAUGUAUAAAGGUAGACCCAGAGACUUUGGCUUAUCAUUGAAGUUUGAAUCACGUCAACAAAAAGUUUUAGGGUACGCCAAGCGUUAUCCAAGGGGAUGGGGUUAUUCUAAUUUAGCAGUCAAUUUGAUUUUAACCUACAAAAAAAUGUUCCCUGAAAUAUUUAAUAAAUUAACUAAAGUAGAUAAUAGCAUCCCAACUUUGGAAGAUUUGUUUUUUGAUUUGGGAGAUGGCAAGUUAGAUGCUUUGGUUAAAAAUGUGGUACAGUGGUUGAAUGAUACCAAGAAGGUAUUUGUCACAGUUUCUUUGGAGAGUGAUGCAUUGUCCAAAGUGGCCAUUGGUGCUGUUGAAGAUUUUGUGAUUCAGCAUGUUGCCAACCAAAAUGUUAAUAUUGAAGUUAAAUUAUUGGCUAAAGUUCCACGUAGUGCUGUUCUUAUCCCUAAAGAAUCAUAUGCAUUGCUACAUAGACAAAAAUUUAAUUUAGGUGAUCGUGUAAUCUAUGUUCAAGCCAGCGGGAAAGUGCCAUUAUUUUCAAAGGGUACUGUUAUUGGAUAUUUUAGCCUUGGAAGAUCACUGAUGAUUCAAGUUAUUUUUGAUCAAGAAAUUGUCGCUGGUUCAACUUUGGGAGGAAGAUUGAAAACUUCUCGUGGUUUGGGCUUAGAUUCUUCAUGUCUAAUUAAUAUUAGCACUCCACAAUUUAUUUAUCACUCUAGAGCUUCGAAGACUCAUAAGGAACAAAAGGCUGAUCCGGUUAUGAACAAAGAAACAUUAAAAAAGAGAAUUGCGGUUGCUAAAAAAAAACAAGCCACUGAAUUAUUAUCAAUCAUCAAGAAAGAUAAUAGUGAGGUAGAAAAAGAGCAAGAUUCCGCCAAAGUUGUAAAUGGACAUCGUGAUUUAACUGCUAAGCAGUUCAACAGCAACAGCGGACCACAAAAAUCUGUUUGGAAAGCCAAAAACAAUACUAAUUCCACUGGCACUCCUGAUGAUAAUACUGUUCCAGUCAAGAAAAGCGCUGCCAAUAAAGUUUAUGAUAGUAUAUUUAAUCAAUUUGAUAAUAAGCAAAAUGCCCAAUUUUUACCAUAUGGUCAAAACGAGGAUGGUAUUCCACAUGGUUUACCUAUAUAUCAACCAAAUUUUGUGUCGCCAAUUGUGCCACCAGGUUCUCUACCUUUUCAACAAGCUGUUCCACCACCAGUAUUGAUAUUAGCACCAAAUGGUGUUCCAAUACCUGCUCCAAUUGUGGGCCCGGAUCCAUUGUCACAGCAAGUGAGUUCUGUACCUGUUACACCAUUUAAAAAACAGGCUUCAAUCCCAUACAAUGGCCAUGUGGAUGAAAAGGGUUCAUUAGAGCUAAAAAAGCUUUUGUUGUCACAAGAUACUUCUAAUGUUAAUCAAGAGGACAAAUUUGAUAACCAUCAUGACAAUUCCUUUAGAGGCAACUACCGAGGCGGCCAUAGAGGCAGCCAUAGAGGUAGCCACAGGGGAGGCAACCAUAAAAAUAACAUUAGGGGUGGUGUUAAGGGAGGUACUUCUAGAGGAAAUAGCCACAGAGGUACCAAUGGAUUUAGAGGCUCUAGAGAAAACCAUACUAAUAAAUACGGUGAAAAAAAACAACAAAACGGUCAAAGUGCCAUUGAAAAUUAG